GCGACGCGUCGUCGUUCCGAGCAACAGAGUGCCGUGUGUGUAUGUUACACCCCCGCCCACGUAUUUAUUGUCAGCGGCUAGCCCGAGUAGCUAGCUGGGCGCCACGCUUUUACCCCCCCGCGCGAUUUUCACCGGGAACGUCCGCCUGGCGACCUUGUCGAGGGCGGAUGCGGAUAAUGCAUUCGCUAUUCCGCGAGAGGCAACCCCGGCCGCGCCACCGAGCCACGUAAGGAAGCUCUUUAACGCGACACCGUGGACGAGCAUGAUUCUGGCUGGAUCAGACCACUUCUUAGCGGUACCUGUGGAAGCGACUGCAGUUUUGGGUGCCGUUGCCGGUUUCGUAGUACUCCUGUUAGCUCUCUUCCUUUAUCUGUCCCGGAAGUGGUGCUUCACGCCGCCUUCGUCUACCGCGCUCUUCGGCGGAGUCUGUGUGCCACUCUGUGAGUCCACCAACAGCUCCACAUCUCAAAUAUCAAAAAACAUAGGGAAAGCAUUCUCCUAUUCGGAUCCGGAAACAAACUCCGAUUCAGAGGAAGACGCUCUCCGACGAUUAAACGCGUCGCGUUCGCAUCCUCCACCGGAUACGUUGACUAUCCAAGCGGAGGACGGACCAACGACUAUCGUAGAUGCUGGAACCACCUCCAGUAGCUGCACCGAAGAACCUUCUCCAGCAGAUCAACAACAGUGCGUAGUGGAAGUUGGGGCUUCUAGUAUUAUACUUGACAGUAGAGAGGACAGUAGACAGGAAAUACAAGUUGACCAAAAUGACUCGACGACCAAUGACGUCAUUACAGCGAUGGGCACAGUGGCUGCCGAGGAAAUCGGUAGCUUGGAAGUGGCUUUUCUGUAUGAUGCCCCAAUGCGUGAGAUGACAGUUCACGUGUUACAAGGGCGAAAUUAUCCCGCUGGUAUUGGUGGCAGCCAGGUGCGGUUAGUCCUGCUGCCGUCGAAAAAGCAAAGACGCAAAACCCGUGUCCGGCAAGGAACAUCUCCGCAAUACAUAGAGAGCUUCUUGCUUCCUCGUGUAAAUCCAGAGGAUGUAAACGCAAUGGGUGUACGACUCAGAGUGUAUCUGUGGGGUGGCCGAAUGAUGCGUCGGGAAAGAUUGUUGGGUGAAGCCAGAGUGUCCUUCGAUCACAUUAAUCUUCAGUUAGAAACUACCCUCUGGUUAACUCUUCAACCACCGCUUUCUUCCUCGGCACAGGACUGGGGAACCACCAGCAGUUUAACUCGCAGCGAUUCCACGGGAUCCCAACAAUCGGUCCAGUCGUAUGCUGCUACAGCUGUACCACCUUAUGGCAGCAGCAUGAAGGGAGGCAGUGUCGCUGAGAUCCUAAUCGGUUUGGCGUACAACGGCACGACGGGUCGCUUAUCAGUUGAAAUAAUCAAGGGUUCCCAUUUCCGCGGUGGAGGCGGAAACGAUACAAAACCUCCCGACACUUACGUCAAGUUGGCUCUUAUCGAUAGCAACAAUCACGAAAUGGGCCGGUCUAAGACCGGCUUAAAACGCGCCCAACCGAAUCCUCUCUAUAAGGAGACUUUUAUAUUUCAGAUCGCGUUGUUCCAAUUGGGAGACGUGACACUCUUUCUGUCUGUGUACAACCGUCGGCGAGGCGGAAUGGGCAGGAAGGGACGGGAGAUGAUCGGUUGGCUCUCUUUGGGUCUGAACAGCUCCGGAUCUGAGGAACUGCAGCAUUGGAACGAGAUGCGAACGGCGAGGCAACCGAUGCAAGUGCAACGUUGGCACUCGCUACUGCGUCCUUGAGGUGUCUUCGUGUGAGUGCCUCUCAUGGAUUCAUUCUUGAUGCGACUAUACAAGCGCGAAACGAUUUAACUCGGUACUCGCCGAAGAGUACGCGGGAAACAGAUGCGAACAGGGCGUUUCUAGGGAAGAACAAUUGCUCGCGGCAGGCUUAUCUCGAGAGAGAGAUUUCAAUUCUUUCUCCUUAUCUCAGACACUGUGUACUGUGUACUGCCUGGUUGAAGAACGGAAGUCAAUAUUCCAAUCGGUCUGUCAAUCCCAAGUCAGAGCCCGAACAAUACAAGUGUCCAAAUAACAUCGUAAAGACUUUCUAACUUCUAUAUCUGUUAAACAAAACGAAUUAUAAAUAUUACACGACAACAUAAAGUUCAAAAGAUAUCUUAAUGUUUCAGAUCUCUGUUAAACAAGUAAACCAAUGUCUAAAUGGCGUUCUAAAAGUGUCUCGAAAGAUGCCCCAACUUUCAAUCGAAUUUUAAAUUAAGUCUUUUAGAAACUUUCAGGGCUUUUGUUUUGUUCGGGAUGCUCUGUUUGGAAUACUGUAAACUCUGAGUUACAAACUCUUGUCUAAAUGUACCAAGUACAUUUCCUUUUUGAUACGCUGAUGGGAGCACAGUGUGGCUAGUCUUCGAUGUUGAGGGUCCCGACGGUCGCGCGAUCGUUGUUCCGGCGUUUAUCGACGUUCCGGCCCAAUCGUCGUACCUGUCCUGUCGCAUGGUACGAUGCUCUCCGACUCGACAUGUGCCUGAGCCAAUCUGAAUCAUUUAUUUUUUACUUUGUGCCUUUCACCCUUUUUAUGCCGCGCGCCACGCUAAAUGAAGGAUUGUUGCGAAAUGUAAGCAGAAUGUUCAAAUGUCCGAACGACGUUAUCUCGAAAACAGAUGUGGUUACAUCUCUUGACUUCAUAAUAUUUUAAGAUGCAGGGUGGUUACGCGAGAUAUUGAAGGUCUGGGAUUUCUUAAUCGUUUUCAAAGGACUCUAAAAAUCCGGAAGAUACUUCUCGCGUGAAUCGGGAAAUGUACUCUAGAAAAAUUAGAGUUUUUCCAUAAUUGUUAAAAUAUUCCAGGAAGAGCCAAAAGUUCCUGUGAUUUAGUAAAAAUGUUCUUAAAAAAUCGAGCUGUCUGCACUCGAUUUUAUUUGUAUCAAAGCCUAAAAAAGUUACUUAAAUUUUCAGAGAUUUAAUAGAAAAUUUCUGAGAAGUUAGUACUUUAAUGUAGGAAACACCAUUGUUUCCUUGGAAAGCAAAAGUUUCUGGUUUGGAAGAUUUGAGAAUUUGCAAAAAUGAUUCGUGUGUCCACCCUGAGAUGGGAUAACAUCGACACAAUGAGUUAUUAUUAUACGGUCAUGUCUGUCGUUUGCGUGGAUGGAGCUACAACGGAAUUGUUGAGACACGUCUUGAUUUUUGCUCCUUCAAUUUUAAUGACUAUUUUAUAGCUAUAGCUAGUAUAGCUAAUAAAUAUGUUAAUACAAUAUCAAGAUAGCAAGCGUCUUUGAUAGAUCGUAUUUUUAAGAACUUCUUAUUUAUUUGUAAAUUUUUUCAAUUCUCGAGAUUAAAGUAUUUCAGUUUUUCUUUCUCUCUUCUAUUAGACUUCAGAUAAAAUAUUCCUAAAAUAAACUUACACUUUUAUUUAAUUGACUAAAAGUUGAUAAUGUCACUAUGUAAAUUUACAGUUAAAAUUCGAAACAGAUUGUCGAAAAUAUUUUUUUCUUUAUCAAAGAAUUUAAUAUUCUAAUUGGUAUUUUCUGUAAUAUUAAAAUGAAUGUAUUGCUCAUUAUAGCCACAUUGUACGUGUCAGCAAUAUCGUUGUUCUUCAUUACUGCUAUUCCAUCGUUGUGUCGAUAUUAAUCCAUCUUACUAUAUAUUUGUAUAUUCGAUCUCGAUAUCCGAUCUGCUUGUGUUUGUUCAUAUGAAUCAAUGUGGCGAAUAUCGGGCCCGUGUUCUCGCAUGCAUUUAACACUGAAUAUAGCCAUCCAAUUUCUCCUUGUCGAUCCUUAUAAUUAGCCUUAUUACGCAGUUCAACAAGAAAGGAUAAAAAAUGACAAAUUCAGAGAAGAAAAUUAUGGGAAUGAUUAAGUAUUUCUGGAUUUGACGAAGUCAAUUUUUCUUGAACUGUGUUAUUGUGCAACUUGGGCAUGCGUGAAUGAAACGUAGUUGCCAAGUAACAAUCGAUUCCAAAACGAACGAAAAAUAUCAAUGAUGAGCUUAGGCCAAUAUAGUUAAUAACUUAAGCUUAUGAUUAGGAUUAUGUAUGUUAUCUAUACACCAAGAUUGGCCACCAAUGAUUUCAGGCAUUCUUUAAAGAAAUAAUUUAUUACUACUAAAUUGUUAAUAAAUUAACGUUGCUAACAAUAAUAAUAUUAAGCUAAACGGCCUGGCGGCCAUUGAGACGUUAAUACUAACUGAUAUUACUUAGCAAAAUUUAUACUCGUCAAGACGCUUAUAAAUAAUGUGUAUAUCUACGCACUUAUUUAUAUGCAAUGGUUUUUUUACUGAUGACUCAUUCAGUUCAGUUCUUUAACUUUAAACUUUAAACUCUUUACAACUGAUAUCUAACGUUCCCUUCAGGUAUGCCUGGGAAAAGAGAAUUUGGAUGGAUGAGCAGCAAAUCGUAAUAGUAAGAUAAGAUUAGGACACGGGCGUUGGUGUCUUGAGAUGGUUCGAGAAUGGAUUGAUAACAUGCGUGGGGCGCCGGCCAAUUGUCGCCGCGACGUGACGGCGGUGACGGUUCAACGAGACCUCUCGGAACGAGAUAUGGAACACGAGACCAACAGUUUGACAAUUCAAUGACGCACAAUGACUCGCAAAACGCACUUCGUAAACACAAAUGUGAUUGUAGAGUCGAUAUAUUAUAACUGAAAUAGAAACAUACACGAUCACGAGUAUGCUAGGGAUGUGGCAUAAUUUAUGCAUUAAUAUUAGAAUUUUUGAGCAAGGGGUUCCACCGUCAAUAGCUGUAUUAGGGAACACGCAGAAGUAGAGGAUAAAGAUUUAAAGAUGCGAUAAAUUUACGCCCAAGUUAGAUUACGAGAGAGAAAUUGAUUUAACAUAAAGAUGUACAAAAUAUUAAAAAAAACUCCGUACAAAUUGUAUUCUUUCUUUUUUUUUACAGAUUUUUAAAACGCACUUCUUUCAGCAAACGAUUGAACUUUAUCCUUUUUAUAUUUUUAAUAAUUAUCUUACAAUUAGAUAUUACAUUGAAGAUAUAUUUGAGCACCAUCUACUUGAAUAAAACGAAAAACAAGUUGCUUCACUCACGAAAAAACAUUAAUUUCCAAUCGUUUGUAAGCUAAAUAUAAUUUUUCGAGCAUUUUACAUUUAUAAUUAUUCAAUUGAUGUAAUUAACGCGCGAAUAUAGAAUUUGGUUUAUUAAAACACAUUAACUUCGUAAGUACUCAAAUCUUGUUUCGAUUAGCUCUUUACGUCUUAUGUCUUGGAAACUGUACAAGCGUGUCUCCGAUUACAAGAUUAUCUGACAAGCGUGAUUAGUGUUUUAUGCGGUUUGAUACUGUCAUUAAAAUAUAGAAGUGCGUAGUGUAACGUGGAAAAUAGCCUUAGACCAAAGGAUCGUUAGGGGACCCCUAGAUCAGCGGACAAAGCCAGCGCGACUGAUUAAUGGACAAACAGAUGCUGUGAAUCAUUUAACGCUUGACUUUUUCAAGCCUCUAGUAGUAAACUUUCAUCAUGAUUAUAUAUUUAUUGAUCCAUGCUCGAACUAUUUUGUCAUUUAGGAGAAUAAAAUAUAAUUGCGGGGACUCAGAAAUCUCCUUUAGGACACGAAGAAUUGUUUUUAUCGUAUAACGCGUACUCCUCUUUUUACGUACAACAUAUGCGCUAGAUGUGCGUUGAAUUUAACCGAGAAUUUAAAGCAUCCUAAACGUAGCAGUGGUUUAGACUCUAAUGUGUUACCUUUUAUUUGUAGAUUUUAAAACGUGUAAAACAUAUGUCUCCGCCUUCGAUUUCGAUGGCUUCGAUUUCGAUCGGAUAUGUUAUGGAGCAAUUCAAAAUAAGAAAUACGUAUAUUUUUAUUAAAGUUUUUAUUAGUUCAAUUGCCUGUUUGCAGAUCAAUUUAAUUUUGAACGUCAAAACUGUAAGGUAUGUAAAGAAAAUAUCGAGAUGGAUGGUAUUCACAUCUCGUUAUAUGAUCAUAAAUAAUUUAUACAGAGUAUUAAAAACAGAAUCCUAAACUUGGAAAGAUAUGAUACUCAUUAAGGAAAAUUUAAAGAAUGAUUAUAGCUCGAAAAAUUAAUUAUAACAGAGAUAGAACCGAUUUCUUUUUUUUGGUAGUACAGACGACUCGCUCGAACCACAUGUCUUUUUUUUACAUAAAAUUGAUUUCUCUUUUUAUUCAUUUUGUAUAAAAAUAUUAAAAUAAUAUCACAUAAAGUUUGUUAUUAAUUCAGAAAGCAAUUUGCCAGUUUAGGCAGAAUAUUGACGUUAUUGUGUCACAUUAAGCUUAAUUGCGUUUUGUUAAUAGAGCGAAACCCACAUGGACAUGUAUUCCCAUGUCCAUGGAUUACCAACAGAAAUCGAGUAGAUUGUCAUUUCGUAACCAUUUAAGUUAAUUUUUCGAUCUAUACCGGUUGAGCAUUUUUGACUCCUUUACGAGUACUAUACCCCCAAAGUUUUGGACCCUCUUUCAACCUGUAUAAAUGGACGUUAAUAUUUUUAGCAGUAUUAUUAUUUUUCUUGAAAAAAUUUUCCAUAUAUUUUCUAUAGCAUAAAGAAAACGGGCUAAAUGGGAAAAUUUCCUCAACCAGAUGUUUAAAGUAUACUGCAGCUAUAUAUGAGUGUAGAAUGAGUUAAAACAGCCCCAUUUAGCGUUAAAUGUAUGUAUGCGCGUAUGUGUGUGAAUGACAUGUGAAUAUCAUAUAUGAAUAUGUAUAAGUACACAUAACACGAUUUGUCUCGUGCAUCAUUAGCUGAUAUUGUUAGAGAGUAAUUCUGAGUCCUAGCGAUAUUAUCGUAUAAUGUACAGUCUGUUUAUAAACGGCACGAUGCUAAAGAGGAGAGAAGUGAUUUAAAUAUUUAAAUCAAUUAACGCCAAGUAGCGAUAUAUUGAUCUCUCAAUUUGAAGAUUAUAUCAUUCGUUUUCUAUAACACGAACUGGGAAUUAGGGAAUUCCAAGAAUUCGAGUCAGCACCCGAGUGACAUACGUUAAAUUAAAUUAGCGAGUAGUUUUUUAACUUUUAGGUCUUUUACUCUUUCAAGUGUAACGUAAUUAAUGAUAACGUUAAUCUUACCACACGUUUUUCAAUUUGCGUGAUAAGCCGCUGGAUAUGUAGGAAGUGUCCAGACGUGUGUUUUACAUUUUCACCACACUGAAAUCAUAUUAAUCUUCAAUCUUCCUGAAAGGAUAAAUUUUCACGAAAAGUAGGUUUUUUUGUUUAAAGAAAAGCUGUUUAAAGAAAUUUUGCGUUUUUUGUACUUAACAUUCGGAGAUUGAUUACGGGAGUUACGAUUCGGACAAAAAUGGGCUGUAACGAAUCUAUUGGAUAUCUGUUAGUCGCUGUAUUUGAUGUUUUCGAAAAGCGAAAUUGUUCUGAAAACGAGAUUAACGGCAACUUUCAUAAACUCACGUGUGAUAUUGAGAAGUAAACUAUUUUUCUUGUUUCUUUAAUCUACUUUAGAGUUUUAUGACCAUGUUGCAGGAUUAGAUAGGAAUUAUUCGUUAAUAGAUGCUUGCCGUAUCAAGAGAAUAAGAGAGCCAAGGUCAAAUUGAAGAAUACGAUGCACUUUGCAAAUAUCCAACGACGCAUUUGCGAAAACGAGAGAGAGCAUGCGAUAUUUAGAUUUUCUUACAGAAUAACGAUAACCUACACCGUGUCUACUCCGUUAUUCUAUUUCAUUACAGAAUAAGCACUUUGCCUAUUCUCUGUAAAUGAUGAGGA